UGUUACCUGAGAAACAAAGCUUCUGAAUCAAACCAAGUGAUCGACUACAAAGAUUGGCAGAUAGCAUUAAGCAGGAAAUUUCAGUCCCUGAAACUAUGGUUUGUGCUUCGCAGCUAUGGCCUGGACAACCUCAGAAACUUCCUCCGAAAGCAUGUGAAAAUGGGCAAAAAUUUUGAAAACCUUGUGAAGCAGGAUAAGAGGUUUGAGGUAUUUGUGCCAAGGUAUUUUUCUCUGGUUUGCUUUGGGGUUUCACCAUCAGUGAUCAUCACCAAGAAACCCUUUCGUAAUGGUAUUAGUGAUCACGAGCUCAAUGGGAAAAUCAUAAACGAUGAUGAUGAACAUCUUGUGAACGAAAUCAACAGUAAAUUGCUAGAUUUAAUCAACGGUUCAGGCAAAGUGUUUAUGACUCAUGGUAAGGUUGAAGGAGCUUUUGUGAUUAGGCGUGCGAUUGGCGCCACAUUAACUGAGGAACAACACGUGAUUAUGGCGUGGGAGACAGUUCAGGAACGAGCCACCUCAAUCCUCUCAAAGCUUUUUAAUUAA